CGGCCGAGUCAAACAUUCUUUCCAUUCGGGCUACAACCACAUGUACCAUGUUUUGAAAGCAAAGAUGAUGCCUUACUCAGAGGAUAGGAUCAUUGUUACAUGCGCUUACAAUGGCCAGGUGAAAUGCUCGGAGAUUCGUGAAAGUGGAGUGGAGACUAAACUGCUUUUUGAUGGGGAUAGGGCUGUACCGUACGGACUAGCCAUUGAACCUGGAAGCCCUCACAUUUUUUAUACAUGUAGUAUGGAUGGGGUUCAACAUUUUGACCUGAGAAUUCAAAGAUCUACUACACUUUUUAGUUGUGAGGCUGUUGCCAGCAAUUUAUCUUUUCGUCAUUCUGUAUCUCUAAAUGCAAUCACCAUUGAUCCAAGAAAUCCAAAUCUGGUUGCAACUGGAGGAGAUGAUCCAUUUGCUCGAGUUUAUGACAUUCGCAAAUAUAAACGCAAUGAAUCAUCUGAAUAUGGUCAGCCGGCUAACUUAUAUCGCCCCCGUCACAUAGUUAAUCAAAGAAAUUUCAUAACAGCGUUGGCAUAUUCUUGUCAGAGUGAGCUGCUUGCCUCUUACAGUAACGAAUCUAUGUACCUGUUCACCAAGGAUGUCGGAUUAGGAGCAAUUUCUUCUCAAGAUUCAUCAUCUUAACAGAUGUUGAGGAUAAUAUAAAAGCUUCUCCACAAUCCUAUCAAGGGAACUUGAACCGUCGCAUCCUGUACAGCAUGAAGGAGGUGGACUUUUUCGGACCUAAUUGUGAGAUGUUGUGACUGGAACAGAUACUGGUAAAAUUUGCAUUUGGAAUAAGAAAGAUGGUAAGCUUAUAAGAGUUAUUAGAGCAGAAAAAGAUAAGGUAAGCAGUGUUCAGAGACGUCCUCAUGCUACAGUGUUAGCCAGUUGUGGAAGAGGUAUCAAAAUUUGGGUUCCAAAUGCCAUUGAGAAAGCCAUUCCACUAACAAAUGAGGACAGGGAUAGGAUCGUGAAUCGCACGCGUCAAAUAAUAAAGGAAAGAUGUUAUUCUGAUGACGACCCUGAGUACGAUGAUGGAUAUGAUAAAGACGAUGUAGAUGAUGAAGACGAUGACGAUGAAGAUGAUGAUAUAUGAUGAAGACGAUGUGUAGAUUGAUGAUGAAGAUGAUAACUAGCACUGAUUAAUGAAAUCUGUAGUUCUUGUUGAUUUUUCUUUAAACACAAAUUUACAUAUUUGAUCUUGGAAAAUGAAUCUUUGAUGAGUAUGACCAGCAA